AUGAAUUUUCUUCCCAUUUUGUUGAUUAGUUGUUUCUCUUGUCUUGGUAAAGCCACAGACUGUGGUGGAAAUAAUGUUAGAGAAACUAUCAUUGUUGGUAAAGAAGGGAACGUAGCAUUUAGUACAGUUCAAGAGGCCAUUGAUUCUGUAAAAAUUAACAAUGAUCAAUGGGUGAAGAUUCACAUAAAAGCAGGCUUGUACAUAGAAAGUGUUGCUAUUCCCGUAAACAAGCCUUGCAUUCUUUUAGAAGGAGAGGGUAGCUCAAUAACAAUUAUUACUCAUUGGGAUCACAUGUCCUUAAACAACAAUGCUACAUUCACUUCUUCACCACCCAAUGUCAUUGCAAGUGGCCUUACUUUCAAGGUAAACAUAUAA